AUGAACAUGCUCAAGUCCAGCGGGCUGAAGAUCCCCGGGCGUGGGCCCAAGCAUUCCAGCCCAAUGGGAAGAAGCGGAACGUCGAGCUCCCCUGUGCCCCCCAAAGACAACGCUCCGGUCAAGCCUAGCACGCCGCCCAAAGUGUCCGAGGAGGGCGACGAGGUGGCAGGUGACUACACGGUGGGCGAGCAGGUGUGGGUGAACGGCGUGAAACCCGGGGUCAUCGCCUACCUCGGGGAGACCCAAUUCGCUCCGGGCCAGUGGGCCGGAGUCAUCCUCAAUGACCUCCUGGGCAAGAACGACGGCUCGGUGGGCGGCGUCCGGUACUUUGAGUGCCAACCCUUGCAGGGCAUCUUCACCCGACCCUCAAAGCUGACCCGACAGCCGGCGGCCGAUGGCGCCGAUGGCCUCUCCGCCGAGUCGCUCUGCGUCCAUAAUCAGACCCUGCAAGGGGGCGGCGGACCCAUCGGCCAGCGGGCGGUGGCACCACUCCGAGAAGGAUUGCUCAACAGCGCUGUCAAGACAGGGAACGAGUCUGGGUCCAACAUGUCUGAUAGCGGAUCCGUGAAGAAAGGCGGUGACAAGGACCUCAAGGCUGGAGAUCGGGUUUUGGUGGGAGGCUCCAAGAUGGGUGUGAUCCGUUACAUGGGUGAGACGGACUUCGCCAAGGGCGAGUGGUGUGGGGUCGAGCUGGACGAGCCUCUGGGGAAAAACGACGGCGCUGUGGCCGGCACAAGAUAUUUCCAGUGUCUUCCCAAGUUUGGGCUGUUCGCGCCCAUCCACAAGGUGAUCCGGAUCGGCUUCCCAUCCACUAGCCCGGCCAAGGCCAAGAAAAGCAAGCGUGUGGCCAUGGGUGUGUCGUCGCUGGCCCACAGCCCCAGCAGCUCGUCCAUCAGCUCCGUCAGCUCGGUGGCCUCGUCGGUGGGCGGUCGACCCAGCCGUGCCGGACUGCUGACAGAGACGUCGUCACGCUAUGCCCGCAAGAUCUCAGGCACGACCGCUCUGCAGGAGGCGCUGAAGGAGAAACAGCAGCACAUCGAGCAGCUGCUGGCAGAGCGCGACCUGGAGCGCGCCGACAUGGCCAAGGCAACCAGCCGCAUCUGUGAGGUAGAGAAGGAGCUCAGUACCAUCAAAUCACAACACGUACAGUACGUUUCGGAGAAUGAAGGAGCCCUGCAGCAAGUUACGGCCGCCUUGGCUGGCGUGCAGAAAGCCAAGGUGGAGCUCGCCAAUCAACUGGAAGAAGAGAAAAGGAAAGUGGAGGACCUUCAAUUCCGAGUGGAGGAAGAGUCCAUCACCAAAGGAGACCUGGAGGGAAGACGCAAGUAUGAUUCAGCAUCCUUCAGGGUAAGGGGGAAGGUGACCAAGCAAACCACAGUGGAGGAACAGAGUCGCAUCGUGCAGUUAGAGGACGAGCUCAACCGAACCAGGGCCGAGGUGGAAAGCCUGCGGGUUCAGCUGCCGGGCCCUGACAGCCUCACCCCAGAGGCCCCCACGGCCACCCGGGUGCUUGACUCCGAGACAACAGCGUCGUUGGCGGUGAGCCAAAAGGAAGCAGAAGAGCUGAAGUUGCUGUCGGAGAAGCAGAACCAGGAAAUCUGCGAGUUGAAGCUGAAGGUCCAGCAGGCCACUAAGGAGAACAUGGAUAUAAUGGAUGUCUGGAAGUCUAAAUUUGACUCUUUAGUAAGCGAGCACCAGCAGUCCUUGGAGGAGCUAAAGGCUUCGUUCUCUGGUAACCGAUCUGCGCCAGAGGAUCAAGAGCCAGACGUUCAAGAGCUACGUGCUGCCCUGGAAGGCCUGAAGAUGGAGCACCAAUUGGAAGUGGAGAACCUGAAGGCCAAGUAUACAAUUGAAGCUGCCAUUCUCACCAAAGAACACGAGGACCUCGCCGCUCGCCUUCGGGAGGCCGAGAAUGCGGCUGGUGGGUUGUCCUCAGAGGAGGUUGCCGACAAAUUGCGUAAGGCCGAGAAAAGGCUAGCGGAGAUGGAGGCGCUUCAGUGGGAGCGUGACAGAAGCGCGCGUGAGCUGAAGGAACGGCUGGAGACUUCAGAAAGCGAGACGUCCGAUUGCAGGGUGGAAAUCAAGAAGCUGCAGGAGGAGUUAAGGGUGACAGCCAAUCAGCUGCGGGCCUUGCAAACCGACCGUGAAGCUAACGUGAUUGAAGAUAACCAACUUUCAGACGACAAGGGAAAAUCAAAGCAGAACAUGGAAGAAACCAUGGAGAAACUGCUAAAACGGGAAAAAGAAGUUUCCACUCUUACCUCCCAAAUCGAAGCCCUCAAAUCUCAAAUUGCAGUUCUGGAGGGUAAAGUUCGAGCAGGGGAAAGAAAAGCCGAAGCCCUCGCCAGGGAGAAGGUGCGUGUGGAAGCGGAGCUUGAAUCCAUGACCAGAAAGUCCCAUGAUGCCUCUGGGCAGCUGCUCAGCAUCAGCCAGGAGCUCCUGAAGAAAGAAGGAAGCCUCAAUGAGUUGCGGGUUUUCCUCCUGGAGUCACGUCGACACUCCCGUGAGAUGGACAAAGACCUCAACCGGGAGGUGCGUAAAGCCGAGUGGAAGGUAAAAGAGCAAAAACUGCAAGAUGACAUCAAGAUGCUACGUGACAAACUCCUUAUGCUGGGCCGCGAGAAGUUCUCCCCGGACCACCGCCGUCAUUCCAUGCUGGACCCCUCGGCUCUGGACUCUGAGGUUACCCGCCUACGCCAGCAGCUGCACAGCACCGAGGACGCGCUGAGGACCGCUUUGGAGCACAACCAGCAGGUGGACCAGCUGGUGCAAGCAAUGGGAAAGCAUCCAGAAAAAAGCCCGAUGCACGGAGCGCACAAAUCGGCCAAUGGAAUUCACCAUCAGGAGCCUGACAGCACUCAAGACGGGAAAACGCGUUUAGACAGCCACGCCCGCUUCUUCGUCAUUAUCAUCAUCACCACCACCACCGUCUUCCGCACGCUUCUGUUGAGCCAGCGGCCGGCAUAA